UUUUGCUGCGUCAGUCUGUAGCUUGUCGCAGCUGUGAUGCAACGUUAGCAAUGGCAUCGACAACACUACAAAAGAUGCGUUUGAGGGCUUAUUAGCCGCUGACAGAAUGAGAUAAGAUGGAUAAUGUAGCGACGGAUUCUUCUGCGGCUGAAGAGGACGAAUGUUCAGAUUCAGAGGUUUUAUGUUUGAUGAGAGUCGGAAGAAAUUCAGACUGGCUUCGCCUUCUUGAAAACACUGAGAUCACCAUCGGACGUGGUGUGGAUGUAACCUACCAGUUGCUGUCUCCAACUUGUCCUCUCAUGAUCUCUAGACUGCACUGUACUUUCAAGCAGCGGGAGGAUGGACAGUGGACAGUGACAGACAAGAAGAGUCUCAACGGUGUGUGGGUAAAUGGAAACCGAAUUCCUGCCGAAGAAGCUCAUCAGCUCAGGCUCGGAGACUCCAUACAACUAGGUGUUCCUGUAAUUGGAACCAAAGUGGAGUUUGACUACAUCCUUGUUCAGCGGCCCCACAAAGACAUUAAACUCUACCUUGCAAAGGGACACAGAGAGGGUGCUAAAUCAGCCCACGUUUCCAAGAAACCCAAGAGGAAGUUGUCUGUGGAAGAAGUUGAGCCUUCUACCUCAAAGCCCAAGCUUUACCGCUGCUCCUCCUCUGACAAAUCAUUUGGAAAGCCCUGCCCGCUGUCUCCAGCAAAACGCCAACAAAGGCUCAGUCACACGCAGCCGGAGGAAACUGGACCCAGCAGAGAAGUGCAGGAAGUAGACCGGCCCUCUGAUGGCUCCAACAAUCCCUGUGACCUGGACAACUUGCAGAUGUUCAGCCAGAACAUUCUGCUGCUGAGGGAGCGGGUGGACGACACCCAGAGGCAGGUAGCCUCUCUGGAGGUCGAGCCCCGGCAGGCUGACCCUCUCAGAGAGGAGCAGGUCCGGGAGCUGCAGGGUCAGCUGGAGGCCCUCAGAGCCAAAAUGCACCGGAUGGAGACAUUAGAGAAGUCCUUUAGCGAAACCAAGAGGCAGCUACAGGAAGAGAAAACACAGCAACAAGAGGAGCUUUUGAAAAAACAGCUGGAAGAGGCCUUGCAAGAGCAAAAGAAAGUAAUAGACGAACUUGCCCUUUCUCGGCAAGGCUUCGAAGAGAUUCUCUUGGCUAAAAACAAAGAGCUGGAAGUGACAAAGGAGGAGAAAGAAAAGGCGAGGGCCCAGAAAGAGGAAGUAGUUACACAAGUGACUGAAGUUCUGGAGAACGAGCUUCAGUGCAUCAUCUGCUCCGAGCUCUUCAUUGAGGCAGUCAUCCUGAACUGCGCUCACAGCUUCUGCUCUCACUGCAUCAAGCAGUGGCGCAAGAAGAAAGACGAGUGUCCCAUCUGCCGACAGGCCAUCCAGUCUCAGACGCGCUGCCUGGCACUGGACAACUGCAUCGACCGCAUGGUGGAGAACCUGAGCCUGGACAUGAAGGCAAGGCGCCAGACCCUCAUCACUGAGAGGAAAGCAGCUGACUCUGCAGAGGUGAUGGUGAUCCACGACGACGACAGCAGCAGGAGCAGCGACAGCGAUGGUAGCAUGGUGUCCAUAGACAGCAGCCUGAGCUCUGUGGUCUCCGUGGACACAGACAGUAGCAUCCACUUGGACUCUAGUCCUCCAUACAGUGGUUUCUCUGAUGAGAGCGUUGAUGAGUUUGAGGAUUAGCCUUGUUCUGCCGCGGGCUGUAAUGUGAAUUUGGACUUUUUGGUGUUGAUGUUUGUAUUGCCCUGGAAUGUUCCUGGGACCUUUAAGAUAGUACUUAAAAUUUUGGUCUCAUCAUGAGUCCAGUAACCAGAUUUAGCUAAGGUUUCUGUUUUUCUUUUUGUAAAAUUAUUAGUUGUCUUACUGUCUUUAUUUUCGAUGAAAGGAAUAAAGUUUCUGCCUAUGCA